AAGUUACUUAAUUUUCUUGAGUGUCUGAAAGAAGAAGAAGAAGAAGAGAAGAGAUGGGGAAGAAGAAAACGGGUUUUGGGCGUAGAGCAUGGAACCUACUGCGGCUAGCAUUUUUGUGGGGGAGGAAAGGUGGGUUAUUCAGAAGUAGGCUGAUGAUGGAUCUCAGACUCCUAACAAGCAACAUAAAGCAGGGCCUCCUCCGCCACAACAACUACUACCCUUAUUCCCCUGAUCGCAUCCAUUACAGGGAACGCCAAUUCUCCUUCGAUGACACCCCAAUCUUUCAUUUCAAGAUGCAACGCCCUUCUUCCGUGAGAUUCCGCAUUCCCUGUCUCAACCCUCCUUCCGUCGAUUUCGAUUUCGAUUUCGAUUUCGAUGACGAUCUCCUGUUCAACAACAACAACCAAUCUGACAAUGGUAGAAAGAGUUUCUUGCUCAGUGGUAAAGAAGAGGAAGAAGAUUUCGAGGAUUUUGAUUCUGGAGACGAUGGACGGAGGAGUUCUGCAGUGAUAUCGUGCCGGGAAGAACUAUUGGAAGAUGAUGACCAAGGAGGAGAGAUUGAUCUAAGAGCAGAGGAGUUCAUUGCCGAGUUCUACGAGCAAAUGAAGCUACAGCGACAAAUUUCCUAUCUCCAAUACCACGACAUGCUUAAUAGAGGGACAAGUUGAGCUGUGAAUGUGGCGAUCCAGGCUGCUAGCCAC